UUGCUUCCCAAAAAUGGGGAAUAAUGUAUCGGCGUCCACAGAAUCUUCCUAUUUAGCGUUAGAACUCGGCGAUAGUACGGCGGCAAUCAGCAACUAUGAAAGCAAACUAUCAGACACGUCGGAAGCUGUUCGACCGAGGAAAAAAACUAAAAUUUUUAAAUUUUUCUCGAAACCAGAACCUGUCAGAAGCGUGAGAACACAACUUUUCAGAGACCUGGGUGUUCAUGCAGCCAGUCAUGUGCAAUAUCCACAUCUUUCCGUCGAAAAUCCGACUCCGGAACUUGUUCAAUUGCGCCGCCAAGUGAUGAGUAUGGCUAACAAUGUGAAUCACCUUGGCGAUGAGAGUGAGUCCAUGCGUAAACGAAUUGCGGAGAUGAAGAAAAAUCUGAGAGACGCUGAUUUUGGACUCGGAAUUUUACGACGAGCUCAAGAACAAAGCAUCAAAAAAAUGCUAGAUUUCACUGUGAAAUCAAAGCGCGUACAGAUAUAUUCUACCGAUCCGCAUUUUGUACGACACGAAAGAGAAGUUCAGACGUGGAGUAUCGAUGAAAUUUUGAUUAUGUAUGCCGCAACUAAAUUCAUGAAGCAAGAUAUAGUCAUAACAAAAUCAAAAACAAACAUCAACUCAGUUUCAGGAUCCAUUACAUCUGGAGACGAAAAGGACUUCAUUGGAGAUGAAUUAACACCAGAACAGAUUCAAUCAGUUCUUACAGUAGUUGCAAGUGGGUCAAUUGAAAUGGAUUUGAAUAUAAAAAAAGAAAGUGACUCUGACUCGAUUGUUACACCACAAGACAUUGGCGGACACGGUUUAAAAUGGUUGAAACAUGAGAAUCCGAGAAAACAUUUUUGUGAAAAACUGGAGGGAAAACAAAAGGAAAACGGUUCAAAUGUUGCUUUGCCGAUAGUCAUGUUGAUAGCCACUAUAAUAAUGUAUGCCACACUAGGAUACCAUGUGAGCUUUAUCGGUGGAAUAUCAGAAAACGCGAACAAUCUCAAAAUCAAAGCAAUUGCGCUGAUGGAGAGACCAGUGUUACGAACUUGCGUAAAACUACAUAAAGUUCAAAACGGAUUUCUGAAAUGCGAAGGAACAAUUCACAACAAAACAGGAGGUUACCUUCCUGGUGCCCGUUGCGAAUUCGACUGUGCAGAUUGGCACAGAAUGACGGGAUUGAGAAAUUCAACGACUUGUGCGCCAAAUGGAAGAUGGGACAUGACAACUCCAACUUGUGUAAACACUCCAUGUCCACAAGUUAAAGAUCGUGACUGUGCAAGUUUAUUCCGAAGUGGAAUGACGACACAAAGCAGUGGUAUUUAUACCUUGGUGAACUGCCGAACUUUCAAUUCCUAUGAUGUAUUCUGUGAUUUUUCGACAAUGGACGGUGGUUGGACGGUUCUACAAAUGAGAAAAAACGGUGAAGUAAAUUUUGAUCGUAACUAUAAAGAAUACACGAACUACUUUGGAAGCCCUCAAUCUAGUUAUUGGAUCGGGUUAGAAAAUAUUCAUCUUCUGUCAACAGUUGAAAAUCAGCAGUUAUUGGUACAAAUGACAGAUUGGUAUUACCCGGAAUAUCACAAUGUUUCUGGUAUUGCAUAUUACAAAAGUUUUAAUGUUGAAGGACCAGAUACAGGCUUUCGGUUGAGAAUUUCAGACUUUGAAUCAAUGUUUUGGGGGCCAUUUGAAGACGCCGGAGAUAGCAUGAAAACUUCUAACGGCAUGCAGUUCACGACAACCGAUAGCGAUCGAGAUUGGAACGCCCAGAACAAUUGUGCUGUAUUGACUGGAUCAGCCUGGUGGCACCGCAACUGCUCAGAUGCAAAUCUUAACUCGUCUUUACAAAAUCGUCCAAUUUAUGGUGAAACGGCAAUGUAUUGGAAAACUUGGAGAGUGGAAGCAGCAUUGAAAUCGGUACGAAUGAUGAUGAGACCGAAUAAUUGGCGAUAGUGACCUUUUUUCAGUUCGGAUUUAUUUUUAAAAUAUAAAUUUAUUCGCGUGAAUAUUUUUGAACGAAA